AUGGCUGGACAACGGGCGCAGCGUGUCAAGGUCGACAAAACAAAGAAGCGCAAGAGAGACAGCAAUGAAAACGAAGUCAAAGCCAAAAGAGUUCGCCCUCAAGAUGCAGACGGAGAACUCGCCGAGCCGACCUCGACAAAGGAUCUAGCGCAAAGGCUUGAUCGCUCGGAUGCCGCCUGGAAGAUCUCCAAGCCUAUGGGAGGACGCAUGCUGGACAUUGACCCUAUUCUGACAGACGAUGGAGAAUACCUAAUCCUGACCUACAACACCUCGAUCCAAGUAUUUUCCGCCACCGACUCUCUGCUAGUGAGACGGAUACCCGUCAGCAGCAUUGAUGCCUCCGCCCCGCAAGGCUCGAAGCCAUCUCCAAUCGUUGCCACCCGCCUAUCGAAACAAGAUACCGACUUUGUCUGGGUUGCCUGCGCGGAUGGCCGAGUACACCGCAUCAACUGGACACAGGAGUCAAAGAAUGUCGAUAGCUUCCAAACCGCUUCCAAUACAGCCCGCGCCAUGUCCAUUGUACCUUUUUACGCCCAGAGUCGCUCCAAAGAGGUCGUCAUCGUGGCCGAAUCCGACAAGUCGACGCGCAUUGAAUUGGUUGCAUACGAAUGGGACCUGGUGUCGGCUCCCACGUCUCAGUCGCUAGUCUCUCUCAAACGUCAGGGUAACGGUAUUCAGCUUCUCGAAUCAACCAAAGACGGCCAGUUCUUGGUCGGCGCCAUCAACGACCGCCUAUUUCUCGGUGUCUCCAAGCAGCUUCCCGCCAAGUCGGAAAAGCUGCAGUAUGAAUUCUUCUCUUUCGACACGCCGGAUCUCAUUACAACUCUGGACCUGCGCGCAUAUAAGCGGUCUUCAAAGCACGCCCGCAGCGAAACUGAAAAGGUGGUCGAUGUUAUUGUUGGCGGUGCUCGCGGCGGUAUCUAUCUUUACCACGACGCUAUUGCCCGAUGCCAGGCAACCGAAUCCGGCAAGCAAACUGAUAACACAAUACACGCUCAGAAAUUCCACUGGCAUCGAAAAGCCGUUCACUCGGCCAAGUGGUCCAGGGACGGCAAUUACAUGAUCUCUGGUGGUUCCGAAAAUACGCUGGUGCUGUGGCAGAUGGAUACCUCCAAGAAAGACUUUCUCCCCCAUCUUUCGGGAAGUGUAGAGAAUAUCGUGGUAUCUGCCGACGGCGCCUCUUAUGUGGUGCAUCUCGACGACAACUCGACAAUGAUCAUUUCUACCUCUGAACUGAAGCCGUCAGCGUAUGUAUCUGGUAUCCAGUCUGCCGCCGCCAAUGUUCAAACCCCCAAAGACCAACUCGUCAAGCGUGUAUGGGAGGUCCAGGAACAAGUUCGCCAGCGCAUCCCUGCCGCAAUCCGCUCCAACGCCCCGUCUCGCCUGCAUGUCUGUGUUGGAAGUGGCAGACAAUCCACCAUGUCUGGCCGCUUUUCGGCGCCUUUUCUCCAGGCAUUUGAUCUCGAGACCUUUACCAGCAUCUCGAAGCAGGCUCUUGCAAGAACACAUCCCACUGACAUCAAUACGACGAACAAGGGACAGAUUAUCGAUGAGCCUCUGGUUACCCACGUGGAAUUUUCAGGCGAUGGCAAGUGGCUUGCCAGUGUAGAUGACUGGCAGCCUGCUGCUAGAGAUAUCGACAACGUUAGCCCCGAUCUGAGAGAACAAUUUAUUCGAGAGCGUCGCGAGGUUUAUCUAAAGUUCUGGGAAGUGCAAGAUGACGAUACUGUCGCCCUGGUCUCACGAGUCAAUGGACCACACGCAACUUCGUCCUCGGAGCCUGUGCUUGAUCUUGCCUCGGACCCUUCGUCGACAUGCUUUGCUACGAUUGGUGGCGACGGUCUUGUGCGUCUGUGGUGCCCAAGAACGAGGCACGCCAACGGUAUUGUUGCCAAAGGCGCCAGUGGCCAGAACACUGUUUCUUGGGGCUGCGCACAGGUUAUUCCGGUCGGUGAGGGCUACGGAGCCGGGGCUCUCACUGAUAUGGCUGAAUCGUCUACACCUCAGGGUAAAAUCACGUACUCUGAAGAUGGCUCUACAAUAUUCGCCGCCUUUGGUUUCUCCGAUCUUGGAUCAGUAUAUGUGAUUGACGCAGCCUCCGGAAAGAUUGUGCGCAUCCUCGAGGGACUUUGGGAGGGCAAAUUGCAUGCUAUCUGCACACUGUCACCUUUUGUCGUUGUGCUAUCAGAUAUACUCCACGUCUACGACAUUGUAAGCGACGAGCUGCGAUAUGGUAUCGUAGCACCUCAGAUUCCCGGCAUGGAAGACUUGCUGCAACUUGCCGUUGACCACACUUCGGGCCACUUUGCCGUUACACUGCCGAUUGAUAAAAUCUCCAGCAUUGGAAUCUUUAGCCCCGAGGAUCCCGAGCCCUUGAUGGUCCGCAGCACACCACACCGCAUCAUCAGUCUGACCUCAGCCCCCGGCACAAGUGGCUUUCUUGCCCUGGACGACGCCGCGCAAAUAUGGACUGUGACAGAAGGAUCCGAUCCGUCCUCGCUCAUCACUGCGCAGCCGCUCCAUGACAUUCAUCUGGACGGCCAUGUAGACGAGGGCGCUGCGAACGGAGAGGUUGCAGCUGCCGCUGAAGAUGACGUUUUGAUGGCUAGCGACGAUGAGGAAGCUGCUGAGGAGGAUGCCACAAAUGAAGCCAUGGAUGUGGACAUGGACGAUGUGCCCACGAGUGUCAUCUCACAACAAAGUCUAGCCGACAUAUUCAAUGCUGCGCCGGCUUUUGCUGGCCCCUCGGUGGAGGACAUGUUCUACAAGGUGACCGGGCUGCUGGAAACGAAGCCGCUUUCUUCUUAG